AUGGACAGUCCAUAUGCACGAGAGCUUACUGUAGCAAUUGGGGCCUUGCAGAAGGCGGCUCAGUUGAGUCAGUCCAUCGUUGCAGACAAAGACAAGGGUGCGAUCGAGAAGGACGACUUGAGCCCUGUGACAGUCGCCGACUUUGCUGUGCAGGCGCUGCUUACGGCGACGAUCAAGCAUGCCUUUCCCGAAGAUCGGGUAGUUGGCGAGGAAGAUGCUUCGGAUCUUAGGCAGAAUUCUGCUCUGAUGGAGCGCGUUUGGGGGCUUCUUGGCCGUAUCGCGGAGGAUGAGGACACGCCUUCUCUGUGCAAGCUACCAGCUACGCGAGAGCAAGUGUGCGAUCUUAUUGAUGAGUGCGGAGCUAGUAGCCCUGCGUCAACUGGACGAACAUGGAUUUUUGAUCCUAUUGAUGGCACGAAGACAUAUCUACUUGGCCAGCUUUACGCUAUCAACAUGGGUCUUUUGGAAGAUGGCGAACAGGUCGCUGGAAUCGUGGGGGCGCCUAAUCUGUCGAUUAAUGCGAAAGCGCCACUCAAGAAUGAGGAUAUUGAUCCUACCGGAGAGGGAUGUAUCUUCUUCGCUGUUAAAGGCCACGGUGCUUUCAUCCGGCCUCUUCGCUCUGAUCAACCCAGACGAUUAUCCACUCAGAGUGCCAAUCAAGUCAGCUUCGUCACCAGCGCCACCAUCGUCGACUCAGCCCUCAAUGGCAUCCACGAUAUCGUCGCCUCUCGUCUCAACGCUCCGUAUCCAGGCAGUGAUCUCGUACCCUGGGUUCUUCGGUGGGCUGUUCUGGCCAUGGGUCUUGGCAACACCACGGUCUGGGUGUACAAGCGUCGAGAUCGCUACGCCAAAGCUUGGGAUCACGCUGGAGCUAUGUUGCUAUUUGAGGAGGCCGGUGGAAAGAUUACGGAUGUGCAUGGGAAGAAGAUUGAUUUGACUGCUGGGAGGAAGAUCAGUGCCAACUUUGGCUUUGUGGCGGCACCGAAGGAUAUUCAUGGGCGGGUUUUGGAGACGGUGCAUGAGGUGCUGCGGGAGAAGGGCAAGGAGGAGUUUUUGAAGUGA